CUCCCGGGCGGGAGGUGGCGCUGGUCCUCCCGGGCCGAAGGUGGCGCUGGUCCUCCCCGCCGGGAGGUGGCGCUGUGACUGGCGGCUCCUGGGGGUAGGCCUGAGGCCUGUGUGUGGUGUGCCCCGCGGUGAACGGUUAACACAUGAGCCCGAGCCCGAGCCCAGCAGCUGCCUGUUUCCCUUCACCAGAGGAGAGAUGUUUGCUGAGGAGGAUUGGAACGAUGAUCUGGAAGCCAGAGCUCUGAAUAAAACUCUCUUUCACAAGGUGGAGGCUUCACACUGCAUUGCUGAGUUGAAUGUGCAGGCACCUGGUGGGAAGAAGAAACAGAGGCUUCUGAAUACACUGCGAACUCUCUCUGCAGCAGGAGCACCUGAUCAGGACCCAGGAGGAACGCACUUCGACCCUGAGUGUGGAACAGCAAAGAAGAGCAAAAGGAAAAGAAACCGGGGAAAGAAGGAGAGGGUGGGUACGAGUCCGUCUGAACAGGACGUGGGGAAGGGAAGUGGAGCCCGUCUGAAAUCACCACCUGCUCAGAUUGCUGCAGGAAAGGAGAAUCAGAGCAGAGUAGCGGGAGCUAAGGAGAAUGGACACUUGGAGGCUGGUAAUCGGGAGCUGGGAGAAGGAACCUCAGCCCCUUGCCUAAAGUUGCUGAGAAGUAACUCGGGACAGGGGACACUCACCCGCAAGCAGUGGAGGAACAGAAUGAAAAACAAACAUAGGAGCAAAAACAAGUUCCGACCCAGAGAAACAUCCCUGGCAGAGAGUGGAGGACAAAUGGAGAACAUUGAACAUGACAGGACUUUGAUAAAAUCAAGACCUGAACAGGGGGAAGAGAAAAGUGUGACUGAUGCACAUGAACCUAAAAUAAAAAGAAGGAAAGGCAGAGGAGAAGAAUGGAAUAAACCAGCGGAGAGGACAGACUGUCACAGCAGCAAUGAAAAUAUGACCAACUACGAGAAGAGAGCAAGGGAUCAGACCCAAAAGGGUGAGACAAUAUCGAACUGUAAGAGAACCAGGAGGAAGGGGACGCCUGAAAAGAUAUUGAUGCAGGAGCGAAAGGACUGUAUCCCAGGUCAGCCUGGUUCCCUGGCCAGAGUCUUACCUACUGUGGAGGUAAACGGCACAGAAUCACAUCACUCUAGCCCGUCUACUGACCGCUCAGCAGCUCUGAGAACCAAGAUGGAAGAGCGCCUGAAAUCUGCCCACUUCCGCUACAUCAAUGAGCAGCUGUACACCUCAAGCAGUGCAGAAGCCAUGAAGUUCUUUACAGAGGAUAAGAAUGCCUUUGAGAUUUACCAUCAAGGCUUCACGGCGCAGAUAGAGCGCUGGCCAGAAAACCCAGUCAAUCGUAUCAUUCAGUACAUCAGAAACAGACCGUCCUCUGCUGUGGUGGCUGAUUUUGGCUGUGGUGACUGUAAAAUUGCUCGGAGCGUGAACAACAAGGUUUACUCGUUUGACUUGGUGGCGCUGAAUGAAUACGUGACCGUGUGUGACAUGGCGAGUGUUCCUCUGACUGCUGAAUCGGUUGAUAUUGUGGUCUUCUGUCUUGCUUUAAUGGGCACUAACCUUCUGGAUUUCCUGGCAGAGGCCACUCGAGUUCUCAGGCGAAGGGGGAUUCUGAAGAUUGCUGAAGUAGCCAGUAGAUUUGAAGAUGUCCAAAGUUUUAUCAACGUCGUGGGAUCUCUUGGCUUUAAGAUGAUUUCAAAGGACACGGAGAACAGCUACUUCUAUCUAUUUGAGUUCAGGAAGAAUCGGCCUCCCCGGGAGAAAGAUAAACUCCCCCAACUGCAGCUAAAGCCUUGCCUCUACAAAAAACGCUGAGACCUUCGGAGUGAGUGGGUAAACUAUGGAAGAAUCUGCGAAGAUGAAUAUUAUUGGUAGAAGUUACAAUUAAAUUAAGUGGUGAUGUGAGGAAGGGAGUCUCACCACAGAUUGAUGUUAGGUGUCGAAACAGAACUGUGAACAAGAAAACAUUCUGGGUUAUUUUCCUGCCUUUUUAAAAUUUUGUAUUGCCUCACAGAAGAGGCUGGACUUGGACUGUACAUAACGGAGAAGUGAUGAUCAUUCUGAGGGGGUGUACACUUUUGGAAUGAGUGACUUGGAUAAAGUCUGUCCAGCAGCAGUUGCCCUGCUUAUGAAUGAUAACAUUUAGAUGUUUGUAUUUUUGUAAAAAAAAAUGUCAUCAAAAUGCUACGUAAAUAACAGUAGGUGAGAAAAAUGUUGUAAUCUCACUGCAGAUUCUAUACAGCUGGGGUUUCCCUGAAACAGAACAGAGACUCUUGACUUCCACAGUUGUGUGUGUCUUAUCUCCACUGCUACAAAAUAUUGUGGGAAAGAUCUGAAACAUGAACAGUUUUUAUAUCACUUCCAGCUCAAAUUACUGUUAAUUUAAAUGUGAACAAAUCUCUGGUGUUACUGACAGAAAAAGAAAUUGAUUCAGCAAAUGGAGGAGAUAAAGGAAAUUAUUGACCCUCAA